AUGGGCUGCACCGUGAGUGCCGAGGACAAGGCGGCGGCCGAGCGCUCCAAGAUGAUCGACAAGAACCUGCGGGAAGACGGCGAGAAGGCGGCGCGGGAGGUGGCUGUGGAGGAGCGCGCCGAGCGCCUGCCGCGGGGGCUGCUGCUGCGCGGGCUGCGGCGCGGGGACUCAGGCGUGUACCUGUGCGCCGCUGUGGAGCAGGGCUUUUCGCAGCCGCUGCGUCGCCUGGCGCUGCACGUGCUGAGCGCCGCGCAGGCCGAAAGGCUGGCCCGGGCCGAGGAGGCUGCGCCCGUCGCCCCUCCGGGCCCCAAGCUCUGGUACCGGGACUUCCUGCAGCUGGUGGAGCCGGGCGGCGGUGGCGCUAGUUCCCUGCGAAUGUGUCGUCUGCCGCCCGAGUCUCGCCCACCGCCUCCCGAGUCGCGGAGGAAGGGCCGAAACCGCCGAAGGCACGCCCCCGAGCCGCGCGCUGAGCGGGGGCCGCGCAGCGCCGCGCGCUGGUGACUCGGCCUCCACGCUGGGCACAGGGAAGGAGACUCCAGGCGGGAGCGGGAGGACGGAUCCUGGGGGACGCACGGCUAGGGGGCCCGGCACACUGGUCCCUGGCCGAUGGAGACACCGACCCACCGACCGACAGGCCCUGGCCGCGGGGCUGCCUCGCCGGCUUAUUUAUUAACAGAGGAUAACCCUUGAAUGUAGCGCUGGGAGGGGCGGCCCGGGCCGGGCACAGGGUCCUGCUGAUCCUGAGGAGGCAGAGAAGCAGGGCUCCAGAGCAACGACCUGGGCGGAGGAGGUGCCCGGAGUGCCCACCCCGGGGGAAGGCCCUCCUCCCUGGGCAAUGAGCAGAAAGCUGUGAACAGGCUGAGCGGUGGGGGGUGGGGUGGGUCAGGCCGAUUGUACUAAUGCAAUAAACACAUUAUCAGCCGAAGCUGGAACGGCUCCAGCGCACAA